GAAAGUGACUCAGAUGGUUGGCAUGUUGGUUUUGCUGUAGAAAUGAACGGUGUUUACAGACAUGAGGAUAAUGGUGAAGUUGAUAGUUGGAGUGAAGGGGAAUACAGUAGUGAUACGGAUGCUCCUAGUGAAAGGAAUUACAUGGGGUAUGAAGCAAUUAGGAGUGAGCCAGAAAGCGUCCGGCAAGAGGCUGUUUUUUCAUUUCAACAACAAGAUUCUGGAGCUUUCGAUGGACUUCCAUCUUCAGUAAAGCAGGAAUUCGAGAAGGCUUUGGAGACUUCAAAUAAAUUUAUUGAUGAUGAAUUGAUAUCAAUACCACACCGCCCACAGCCAAUAGAGCUAGACACUAGCAAGAUUGAAGAAAUAAAGAAAAUGAUGUCUUCUUUUGUGUUGCCCUCCCCUUCUUGGGCGGAAAAUAUUAACGACGAUGACUUUAAAAGAACAUGUGAAAUUUUCAUAUCUUUGCUGUAUUCGCUGCUUUUUCAUCAAAUGGUCAAGUUCUUUGUCGAAGGAAAGAGUGUCCACGGUCGUAUUGGUCAAGUUUUAAAGUGGGGUCAAACUGAGCUAUUGUAUCAGACACCCUCUUGCUUAAUCUACUCUAGUGCUGGGCAUAUACCACAUCUGACCUGGGAAGUGGUUAGUAAAUGGCAUAAAUUUGCACAACGACCGAUCUUCCAGCUAAAUUUACCUUCGAUAUAUGAAGCGUUACCAGCAAUUGAAAAGUUUGGAAAAGGCGUUGGAGACUUCUGUGGUAUACCAGAGGGUUCAAUAAUUCAUCUGUCUCUUUUCGACCCUCUUAUUCAGUUAAGUAGCGAGUUUAAUGACAAAAAAUCCAUUGCACUGUGGACUAAAGCUGGCCGGAGAAAUAUAACAGUAAAAGAUUACUGUGAAAUAAUUACAAGUUGCAAACCUGAUUCCUAUGAAACGCUACUGGAUUAUGACACCUUGCCGGGAUGUUCAAACAAGAGAAUUACCAAAGCAGUCAGUCGUACUAUCGGAUUUGUUAAAGAAAUGGUUGAAGAAGGUUCUCUUCCUGACAAGGGGUCAAUGUUUGUAACACUAGGUGGAGGUCCCAGUGUUUAUCAUCGUACGGCUUUAGCAAAACAACUUGGCAAUUCUGUGCCAGCGAGUGGCUUUGUUCUGGACUUAUUUACCUUAAUCCGAAAUCGACAGCGCCCAGUUCGGCGCCCAAUGAAAAGAACAAAGGAUGACUCAGAAGAACAAAUAAAUCAUGUAGCAAACAAUGAUGGCAGUCAAAGAGAGACUUACGACUCCUCUGACUUUUCAGCAAACCCUCAUAACAAGUUCCAUUUCGAAUCAGAUUUAGCUGAAUAUCUUAUUAAUCCCGUGGUAAAUGAGUUGCCAGCAGGCUUAAUAAGAUUUGCACCUGGACCGUUCUCACCUUCAGAAGUAACCGCUUUGAUUCGACUCGGUGUGGACCUCUUUGAUUCCUCUUUUGCUACGUUUUUGGCUGAAGAAGGGAAGUUGUUGAAACUGGGCGGUGAUUUUCCAAACUCAUCAAGUUAUAGAAUCUUGGACUUGAGUGAUACGGAGAAGUUUGCUGACAAAUUUGUUAAACCAUUUGAAGAUUGUGGCUGCUAUACAUGCACAAAUUAUACACUGGGCUACUUAAAUCAUCUUUACAAUACAAAGGAAUUGCUAGGCCCUAUUCUAAACACACUGUUUGUUGUUUCCUGA